AUGAGCGAGGACGAGAGCGAUGGCGACCUGCCUGGGUACGGCGGAGGCACCAGCUACUGGGACAACAGGUACCUGGAAAGCACUGCGCCCUUCGACUGGCUCGAGACCUACUCUGACCUGCGCCCGCACAUCGAUUGCGUCUCCUGCGGCAACAGGGACAUAUCGAUUCUCGACGCCGGCUGCGGGAAUAGCCUGCUCGCCGAGCAGCUGUACGACGAUGGAUAUCGCAACAUCACGUCCAUUGACAACUCGCAGGUCGUGGUGCAGCAGAUGAUCGCAAGACAGCAGCAGACGGCCCGCCCAGAGUUGCAGUGGCUCUGCAUGGACGUGCUGGAGAUGUCCUUCCCCGAUUCCUCCUUCGACCUGGUCAUCGACAAGAGCCUCCUCGAUACGCUGAUGUGCACGUCUGGCCCCGCCGGGGACACGAGCGCAUACUUGCAGGGCGUGUUCCGCAUCUUGCGAUCAAGGGGCACGCUGAUGUGCGUCAGCUACGGGAAGCCAGAAACGCGCGAAUACCUGUUCGAAUUGCAGCGCCGAGACUCUGAAUUCGCAUUCAAACUAUACACUUGUGAGCUGCCUGCGCACCACGAUGCUGCAGGUCCCCACUACUUGUACCUUGUAGUGAAGGUGCCCCUCUUCUGA